UAUUGUAUAUAUUUUUAUUGCAAUAUAUUUAUUUACAAUAUUUAAAUAUAUAUAUAUACAUUAACUUUAUAUAUUCAUUCUUUCAACGAAAAGUGUUCAUUUUUAACAUUUUUGUCUAUUUUUUAUGAAAAUUUAAUACUCCCUCCGUCCCGCAAGGGAUGAAUCAUUUUAUUAGGGAUACGAUUUUUUAGGUAGUGUAAAUUAGUAAGUUAUUAAUAAUAAGUUAUAAUAUUAGUUUAUUAUUUUUUAUAUGAAUAAUAUUAUUGGUAUUUUAAAAAAUUUUAAGAUUAUAUCUCGAAAAAAUAUAUGCAAUAAAAUUUUGUAGAUAAUAAAAUUUUAUAUAAUACAAAUAAAUUUUUUUUUAGUAAAACUAAUUUAUUUAUUUUUAUUUAUUUAUCAUUACCAUAAAUAAUUAGUUUUAUAAAAAAUGAAGAGUUUUAAAUGUAGAAAAAAAAAUUAUAUUAACUGAAAAGAGAGAUAAAAGUAAAGAGGUUUUAAGUGGGUCAUACGGGCAAGAUAUUAGAAGUUUAAUUAAAUUGAUUUAUAUUUGUUAAAUAUGUUUAAGAUCGAUAAAAUUAAAAAAAAAUGGAAAGUGAUCAUCUUUUAUGCGACAUAUUAAAAAAAAAAAAAUAGGUCAUCUAUGAUGGGACGGAAGGACUAUUAUUUAUUUUUUUUAAAAUAAAUAUCACAUCGAAUAAUUUUUUUCUAUCUAAAAUAUCAGUAACUUUCUAUUAUUUUUAAAAUUACAAAACUCCAAAAUUUCCCAAAAUCUGUGUAAAAUUUAGGAUAAUGUUCACUAGUGUCACAAACUUAGGCCCAAUAUAAUUAAUCUAGGCCCAAUAUUGACACAAAAACCAGUGGACGUUCACGAUGAAUCAGAGAAUGAUCCUACGGUGGAGAUUGAUGCUGUUCAUGCACCUGCGUAGUAUUGGAUCAUAGAACUGACAUAGGUCAGGUCCCCUCUUCUCUUUCUCCCAACAGACAUGCAAACUGCAAACUGUUACACUCUGAGCUCUCCUCCAACUGUUUUUGUCUCAGAUAUUCCAACAGCUUUCUUCCUUCCAAAACCACCCCAACAGCAACAUUUCUCUUCUUCUCUCUCAUACACGCAUAUAUUUGUAUCUAAGGUUGAGGGGAGUGUAUGGAAAUUUCGGUGAAAUUUUGGAAUAAUUGAAAAUUGUUGAGUUUAAAUGGGAAACGGAGGGAAGGAGCAAUUGAUGAAGAAAGAGAACGAGGAGGAUGAAAUUACGCGGUUGCUUUUGGGUAUUAUGGAGGGAUACAACGAUCAUGUGAUUCCGCCAUUAUCGUAUUUUUCUCCAUUCCCAAAUGCUAAUGUUGAGAAGGGGUCGGGUUCGAGGAAGAGGCAAAUGGAUGAAGCUUCGUGGGCGGAGAACUUGUUCAAGGAGCGUAAAAGAAGGGAGAAAAUGAGCCAGAAAUUCUCUGUUCUUCAGUCUAUGGUGCCUACUCUUUUCAACACGUUCAAGCCCUCAAAGGAGAAAAUCAUUGGCGAUACAGUGGACUAUAUAAAACAUCUUGAAGCAGAGAUCCAAAGGUUGGAGGAUUUGAACAAUGUUCGAAGGGAAGAUCCAAAACCUCUUUUAUUGCAAUGUGCAGAUGACAAUUCCUCUGCGGAUAUUACAGUCUCAAAUGGUGCCACAUUCGUUGCUAUUCAACUGCCCUUUAGGUCUGGUUUAGUACCUAAGAUCUUGAUGGUAUUUGAGAAGCACAAGGCUGAGAUUUUAGAGGCAAGAGUGCAGGCUGAAGACCACCGCCUGCUGACAUUCACGGCCACGAUAUUGCUUGGGAGUGAUCAAGGCAGCGCUGUCGACAAGAUAAGGGAAGAAAUACUAACCCUAUAGAUUUUAUAUAAAUGUAUAUAUAUAUAUAUAUUUAGUUCACAGAUUGAACACAAAGUUUUGAUAAGUUGAUGAAUGAUAGAUAUUGGUACAGGUUUCUUGAUUCAUAUGGAGGCUAUAGGCACAGAUAAGGUUGAAUUUGAUUACACACUUUUGGUAAACUUGUAGUUUCGAGCUAAUGAAUAACGUAAUAGAUCA